AUGUAUAAAGCUGUAGACUGGUGGUCUGUAGGAGUUCUGACCUAUGAACUCCUGACGGGAGCCUCUCCCUUUACGGUGGAAGGUGAGAAGAACACCCAGCAGGAGAUCACCAAGCGGAUCGUCCGGUGCAGCUACCCCGUCCCUCCUGAUGUCAGCCCCGAAGUCCAGGACUUUAUUAGGAAUCCACUCUAUAACCAAUAUUCUCCCCCUCAGAACCUGGAUUGGGAGGCAGUAGCUCGUCGUGAGAUCCCGGCCCCGUUCGUCCCAGUCCUCACACACGCGGCGGACACCUGCAAUUUCGCUGACGAGUUCACUAGAAUGCCGCCCACUGACUCACCAGCUCAGGCGCCUAAACAUCACGACAAAUUGUUCCUUGGCUACUCGUACGUGGCUCCCAGCAUAUUGUUCUCUGAGAAUGUCAUAUCAGACCAGAUAUGGAUGCAGGCCACUGGACAGAAGCAUGAUAAACUCAAGGGAUGGGUUGCCAAGGACUCACCAUUUUUCCAAAAGUACUCAGUGGAGCUGAGCACUCCCCUGCUAGGCGAUGGUUCCUACUCCGUCUGCAGGAAGUGUAUCCACCGGCAGACUGGAAAGGAAUAUGCUGUCAAGGCCUUCACAUACAUAGUAACAGAGCUAGCUAGCGGCGGCGAGCUAGCGUCUCAGUUGUCAGGCGGCGCGCUCGCUGAACGUACAGCUCGCCGACUGCUCGCCCAGCUCGCGCUCGCGCUCAGACAUAUGCAUGCACGGAAAGUCGUGCACAGGGACCUUAAGCCAGAGAACAUCUUGCUAUCAACGCGGUGUUUAGAAGAAGCAAAAGUGAAGGUGGUGGACUUUGGGUUCGCGCGGCGGACGCCCGAGUGUCCCGAGGACAGGCCCAGGAUGAUGACUCCUUGCUUCAGCCUCCCGUACGCGGCCCCCGAAGUAGUGUCCCGCGCUCGCAGUGCAGCGGCGCCCGGGUAUGGCCCGCAGUGCGACCUGUGGAGUCUCGGGGUCGUCUAUUACUACAUGUUGAGUGGUAAAGCGCCCUUCCAGCCUGUCUCGAAGAAGGAGCCUAUCACGGCGUUCAUGGAUCGGAUUCGAACCGGCAACUUUACUAUGGACGGUCCAAUCUGGGAGAGUAUAUCAACAGAGAGUAAGCGCAUCGUGAUGGGUCUACUGGCCGUGGACCCGCUGCGACGCUUCGGGACUGACGAGCUACUCGCCGCGCUGGGCGUCGCUAUACCAGAACCCAGUAGCUUUAAACUUGCGGAUAUGACCAAAGCAGACCUCUACAAGCGGAGGUACAAGACCAAACAUCGCGAGUCCAGCGCUUCCGAGGCGGGCACUUCACAGUCAGACACUACCGAGCCAGAGGAGAAGGAGACCUCGCUCAUUGACACCAUCAAUAACCUGAAGAACAGGAUGAACCACAACUCUCUAGAAAAUGACGUCGAGCUCAUCAAGGCUAACACCAUAGAAACCCCCGUCGCAGAGUCUCCCGAACCUUCAUACGACAUCGACGACGACGUCCCCGCAGUCAAACCAGUAGAAAAAACCUACUCCAAGUCCCGCUCCAAACUAGACGACUACAUCUACAUCGAGAGCAGUCAAGGUCUAGACGGCACCGAGGUCGCAUUCCCCAAAACUAGUCGCGUUAAGAAAUCUAAAUCUCCAGUACCAAGGAAACGCAGAAAAGUUGAACCCAAACCUAAGAAAGAAAUAAACGGGGAAAGGGAAUUACGUAGUAAAGUUGAAAACGGCACGCGAGGGCGAGCCACCAAGCAGGUAGAGAAACGUGUACUGAGGAGUAAGAGCGGUACAGAGAAGAACAGAGCCACUAAAGAGUCUAUAGAGAAUGAGAAAACCGUAGUGACUAGAGUCACGAGGAAGAGGAAGUAUGAGGAGUUGACUAAGCCCGUGUUGAGGGAGAAGGGGCAGAACGGGCGAGCUUCUAGCAAGCCGAGCACUGAGCCCGUCGUGGAGGACAGGAAGGUGCUGCGCGCUCGCAAGGCCAAGCCGGCGCCCGCGGCCGCCGACGUGGAGGCCGAGGCCGAGGCCGGCUCGGUGCGCAUGACGCGGUCGCGGCGGCGGCGCCUGGAGGUGUCGCUGUCGCCGUCCGAGGUGCCGGCGCUGGCGGCGUCCUUCGACUCGGCGCGCGUCACGUCGGUGGAGAGCUCCAAGUCCCACACCAAAGCCAAACGCGCUCCCCCCGCCAAAGCUAAAGCUAAACCUAAACCCAGCAAAACCAAGCGCGGCCGAGGACGGCCCGGCCGCAGGUGAAGUCGUUCCUCCCUCUCCCCCAUAUAUCGUAUAGACAAUUCAUAGACUGUUGCGCCUCGAGGCAACUACCCUAGUUAUAUAAACCCCAUGCGGCGUCAGCUAACCUCAAAUUCCAAAUGAGACAGAAUAGUGAUGCAAUAAAAUUACGGACGCUUUGCUCACGCGUAGACGUUACACGGCAGAGGAAAGAAUUAUUUAUUCGACGAGAACGAAAUGAGUAAGUUAUAUUUCUUUUUAAAAAUGUAGAAAACCUCUGUAAACUAGUUCUUUCAAUAAUAAUGUUAGACCUGUUUUUAUUUUUUAUUAUCCUUUUAUUUAAACCGUUACUAUUAAUUUUUAAGAUACUUUUUUCCCUUAUUAUUACCAUUAGAAUUAAUUCUUUGAAGUUGGUCAUUAUGUAUUUUUGAUUAGAAUAAUGAAAAAAUAAAGAAAAUAAUUAAUUAAAAAACAUAGGUAAAUUGGUGUGAUUGAGCACUGUUCUGUAGUUGAAUAAAAUUAUUUUGUGAGUUAUUAUAAUUUAUUAUUUAUAGUGCUACAAUACCUUGCUUCAUUGUUGUGAUUUGUCUUCGUGGGCGACGGCUCGAGCUCGCUCGCGCGGCCACGUCUGUAGAGUCACUAAAUUCCCACAAGUUUGAAUAUAAACAUUUCUAAAUCGUUCACAGAUCUCUUUCAGUAAACUUAUAUAAAUGACUUACUUUGUUUGUGUGUGUAUAUUUGUUUGAAUAGGAUAAUAGGUUAAAUUUGUAAAUGUUCCCUUCGAUAUAAUAGGCGUUUGUAUUACAAUAUGUACUUCAUUCUUCCACUUUGCAAAAAUGUAAAAAAAAACGAAUAUAUAUUUAUUUAUGGUGAAAGUGCCAAAGCAUGCUUGAUGAUCCCGCUUAUAUAUUACGCGUUCGAAAUUAUUUGUAAUUGUUUAUAAAAAUCACGAUUUAAUACUUCCUAAAUUGUGUAGGGGUUGUUUAUAAAAACUUAGAAAACUAAAAAAAAUUAUCUUGUCUUUCAACGUGAUAUUUAUAUCUUUUUUAACCUUUCAAUGUUUUCGUUUCGGCGCAUUAUCCGAACGAAAUUAUUUAUUUCUUCGGUAUUAACUUAAUCAAUGCUGGGACUCGAAUCUUAAAUCUCUCAAAUGUAUUAAUUUAUUACAAAAAAGACAUCUCAAAAUUUAAACAACCCGUAAACAAUUCGUAAUGUAAUUCUUUUCUCGUUUUAAGCGCUUUUACCAAAUAAAAACGUAUAUUGUUUUUGUCCCCUUCCCUGUAAAUACUAUGAUAGCAUUUAGUACAAAUUCGGUGGAAGAGUUUAAAAAAAUAAUUAUUUAUAAUUAAAUUUGAAGGAAGGGAAAAGUCUCAUUGUCAAAUUUACACGUUACUCUCUUGUCUCGUGAUACGAAAAGGCACUGAAGUUGAUAAAUAUAAAUAUUAGCUGGUUAAGCUUGACUGUAUGUUUUAACUUUCAAAAUUUUAGUUAAACAAAUUGUAAAUGAAUUGUUGCAUGCUGUUACACUUUAAUGAAAGUUGUUGAAAUUUAAGUGCGCCAAAUUCAGUUUCAUGACUGAUUAUAGAAAGAAUAUGCAAUGUUAUAAUCUAUGUAAUACGUUCUCGGCUGUUUGUCAAAAUUCUAUGGACUCCAAAAAGAAACGAGAUUGAGCAUACUGCUCUCUUUUUCACCAAAUAACUUCGGUUAAACUCGCUUGUGACGGAGAUACCCGAAGGUCUAGCGAAAAUUGCCGUUAAGUUUGAAAAUUAUUUGCAUGUAAAAUUGACGAAAUAGAUAUUUUAAAGUAGUAUAUAUCAGCAGAUUUUGUUAUAUAUAUUAGCUCAAAUAUAUAUUACGAAUACCCAACUAGAUUUUAUAGCUUAUACAAAUGUUUUAUGUGAGUAAAGUACUUUCAUAGUUGUAUAUGAAUAUUGUUUAAUGGGUUGCUACGUCCAUCGUAAGAUAUGUUCAGUCCAAUACCUUCUAGUAUUAGUAUUAUUUGUAUCGUACAACAUGCAUGAAAGUGUUUUACUCAACACAUAUAUUGUUGCUAUUUACAAUCAAUUAUGAGCAAUCCAAUGUAUUAGAGUACGCGAUGGUAGGACCACAAUAACAAAGACCUUAUUUGAUGCAGUCGUUACAUUUAAAAGUUAAUUUGAACAAAGAUUAUAGAACCGUAGUGCCGACGCGUAUUGCGAUGAUUACUUUUGUUUUAGGAAAUUAAAAAUUUCCCCGAAUGCUUAACUCGAGUAGCCUUUACGUCACAUACGACGUAAAGAUUGUAAAAGAAAAGUGCACUUAAAAAUAUAAAAGGAUGUACCAAAAGAUAUAUAAUUUUAUAAUAAAGUGUUAGGUGUUAAAAGAUGUCGGCGUAAAACAAAUUUUGUAAGAUGUUACAUGGUAGCCGGCUAAAGGAAUGGAUUGUAAGAAAUAUACCAUUUUAACAUUAUUUGCUUUGUUUUAUUGUUUUAUCUUACUCUACAUACCUUACAACUUACACUAUAAUUAUUAAUUUAUGGAUAACUUU